AUGAAUGCCCCUCCAGCGCUUGGGUAUGCACCCGGCGUCUCGCUCGCCCCGCAAGCCGCCAGUUUUGGCUCCAAUAACCCAUUCCGCAACCGCGCCCUGUCUCCCUCAGUCGCGGGAUCUGUCUCUUCUUCCAACACUCGCCCGGAACGACCACGGUCGACAAAUCCCUUCUUAGACGACAGCGAGGCGUUGUCUCCUCAGUCAGCCCCUGGAAUGGCCUCCGGCGCGAUGGUCUCCCCAACCGAGAAGACCGAUAUCUCCAGUCACACCCGUGAACUCUUUGAAAACCUUGCCCUUAAACCCGCCCCGCAAACAAAUCGCCGACCGUCUGACGAUCGGAAUGCUUCCACCCGCACUCGACCCCCAAGAGAGCGCCCCGCGCAGAGACCGGCCCCAUCCAAAGCUAAUGACCCGCUGGACAUAUUCGCCGAUCCCCCAUCCAAGUCCGGCAGCUCACGAGCGCCGCCCCGCCGACCCCGUCGCAAUUCAGAGUCCUCGGUGAUGGAUCGCGGAUCGAAUUUGUUGGAUGUCGAUGACAGCGAGAAGCGCCGCAGAGAGCGACGUAACCGCGAGCGCGAGGGUCGCAGUAAAGAUGGCAAAGAUGGCAAGUCGCGAUCCGGUCGGAAGGACCGCCGACUAGAUAUCAUUGAUAAGUUGGAUGUGACGAGCAUCUACGGUACUGGAAUGUUCCACCACGACGGUCCUUUCGAUGCAUGCAACCCCCACCGCAAUCGCCGCGGUGUCCGCACUGCGCCAAUGCAGGCUUUCCCCAAGGGUUCUACCAACAUGGCCCUUGGUGGCACCGGCCCCAACAACUCCAACAUCGAUCUGAACCUCUUCCAUGGCCGAACGGAGGAGGGACACAACGACUUCGCCACUGCUGCCCGCCGCAACGCCGACUCUGGGAACAGCUUCGAUCCUACUGCCCGUGUGGACCCUGUCCACGGGACCCAGAGUAUGGGCCUUGGAACCAGCACUUUCCUUGAUGGUGCGCCAGCAAGUCGCUCCGCUAUGGCCCGUCGUCAGAGCGAGAACGAGAGCUCCCUCGCACCCAACGGAGGCCUUGCCCGUAAGAAGAGUCUGGCACAGCGAUUGCGCGGCCGAACCACCGGCCCUGGUCGUAUUACCUCCCCUGAAUACUCCACCCCACCCCCUCCGGCAAUCGGCUCCAGCCAUUCGGCCUCUUCCAGAAAUAACGAACGAAACCCAUACUUCCAGGAGCAAGAUUACGACGAGGAAUGGGAUAAGAAGGGCUCCAGCAUCGAAGCCCGCAUGGAGAGCGGUGGCCGUCUUCGAUCUUCCAGCAGUCCCAAACAAGCAACUGGCCUGGAGCGCAAACCCACGAAUGACCGCUAUGAAGAGUCUAAACUCAACCCCGGUGGCGGCGGGUUCCUGAACCGCAUGAAGAGUUUGCGCAAACCCAAGCCUGAACGCCGCACCAGUGAUUGA